GUUAUACGUAUUCCAAUGUUCUGAGUAAUCUAAUCUUUUUCAUUCAGAGAAGGGAAAGCAUAUUCAGUAGGGAGCAUGGUUACUUAAUUGAAAACAGUUCCGAUUCGCAUGCUGUAGGCAGGGCAUCUGGAUACUACACCAGGCAAUCAUGAUCUCAACAAUGACACCAAGCAAAGCAAUAAUACUGAGCUUUGUUAUUGAAUGUUUUAGCAUUUUUUACUUUGGUCAUGCAAGACCAAUACAAAAAGUCCCAAACGUAAUUCUUAUAUCUGUGGAUGGACUGCGCUUUGAUUACCUACAAAGCAUCCGUAGCGAUCAGCUUCCUAAUUUUUCAUAUUUCAAAAAACAUGGCUCAUCUGUGAAGUAUGUCAAAAAUGUUUUUCCAUCAGUUACAUAUCCAAAUCACAUGUCGAUUAUCAGUGGUUUAUAUCCAGAGAGCCAUGGAGUAGUUCAUAAUGUUUUUGCAGAUGAAUUUCUAAAUGAUACAUUCCAUUAUGACUAUUUUUUCCAAAACUUUGACUCCCGCUGGUUUGACAAUGGUGAAGAAGUGAUCUAUGUGACAAACAAGAAAGGAAGUGGUACCAGAGAUACUGGAUCAGCUCUAUGGCCAGCUGGAUUGACAAUAAUCAAAGGGAUCCAACCAAGAACUAUAGGAAGAGCAUUUUCUGGAAAUAUGUCAUUGUCUUACAGACAAAGAGUAGACUACAUAAUAGAUUGGUUUACAGAUGAAAAAAGACCUGUGAAUCUUGGUUUGUUAUAUUUUGAUGAGCCAGAUGAAGCUGGACAUAAAUUUGGAGCAGAGAGUCCAGAGAUCACAAAAGCACUUGAGAGAGUUGAUACUGCACUUGGGUAUUUGAUAAAGAGACUAAAUGAGACCGAUUUAUUAAGUAAUACUAAUAUUAUUCUGACAGGAGAUCAUGGGAUGAUUUCAACUGACAAAGGAUUAGUUAAUAUUGAUACUUGCAUUGACAGUAAUUGGUACACCUCAAAUCGUGAUCAUGAUACUGUGCUUUUUAUAUAUCCAAAGGAAGGAUUUCAUGCUAAGAUUUUGGAUGGUGUACGGAGUUGCAGUAAUAUCUAUGUAUACACAAAAGAAAGUGAACAGUUGAAAAAUAUGCAUCUUCAAAAGAAUUACAGAGUACCUCCUAUAGUCCUGGAAGCCAAGGCUGGAUAUAUUAUGGUUACAGAUCGAACCCGUAAAGAUUACAGUCCAAAGGGUGGCCAUGGGUAUGAUCCUGAGAAAGUCCAGGAAAUGCGACCAUUCUUUGUGGCAUCAGGUCCUUCAUUCAAAUCCAACUUUACGCAUAUCCAUCCUAUUGAUAUCGUUGAUAUAUAUCCCUUGAUGUGUGAAAUACUGAAGGUGAAACCAGCACCAAACAACGGAUCACUGCAAGAAAUCAAGGAGCUUCUGAUCUCACCUCCAGCUGGGAAACCUGCCAAUUUUAAAGAGAAACUAUUUGAAACAACCGGAAUAACAUUUUUUGUGAUAAUUGUACUUUCUUCGUUGGUGGGAGGCAUCUACUGCAUUGGAGCCAUUCGCCAGAGUCGCAUCACGGCCAGAAAAAGAAGAAUUUUUGGGAGAGUUACCUCCUCUCUCCGGGAUUUUCCAGCGGCCAAAGCUUUGCUACAAUCAGAUGAAGAGGAAGGCAGCGAUGAUUUAUAAAACAAAAUAAAGUUGAAGUUGGUUGUGAGAAUUGAACAUUUUUGCUCGCCAAACUUGUACAUUGAAAUUGGAUUGAAAGUCUAUGUGUGAUGUAAUUGAUAUGUUAUAUCUUUAUUUCGCUAGCAUUAUCUCCUAAAAACAUUAGACAUUCAUAUUGACAUUGCAUCUGGGUGUGGCUGUUGUGAGAUCAUUGUUUGUUAAUUUUAUUAUUUUUUUUUUAAAUAGGAUCUAUGUAUAAAUUUUACUUCUCUCUGUGUUAUAUCCAGUAAUAAUUUAUUAUAUACAUUGUUUGUGACAAUAUCUCUAACACUUUUGAACUUUUAUUGGGUAGAUGGCAAAAAAGUUUUGGAUUAAUUUUUUAAGCUUUGUUAUUAUGGGUGCAAACUGUGUUAUGUGAACAUUUAUAGCUAUUUCAUUACACAUAUAGCUGCUUCAUUACAUUUAUAGCAACUUCAUUUCAUUUAUAUAGCUACUUCAUUAUAUUUUUUCUAUUUGUCUGCAGUAUUUACUGUACUUCCUUCAAAUGAUUGCACAGACCCCCCCCCCCCUCCAUGCUUCAUACAUUUAGUAGGGCUGAGAGGAUAUAUCGAGAAAUCGAUAAUAUCGAUUCAAUGUGAGGAUGACACGCAUAUCGAUACGUAUGAAGAAAUAUCGAAAUAUCGCAAACAAUUCUGACUUACGUUUUUCUUUGUUUACUUCACAUUUUGGGUUAAAUAUAUAAAUAUGAAUAUGCUAAAUAUUAAUAUAAAUAUUAAAUACAUAAUAAUUAACACCACUUGUGUAAAAUUAUUUUCUUUUACAACAGGUACAACUACUUUAAAUAAAUUAUUCUUAUAUGUGAAGAAAUGUU